CACCAAUCUAUUAUAAUCUUCGGUAGUUAGCCUUGAGUCACUUGAAAACUUUCUUAAAUACCCCCAGGUUGUUUUUCCCAAACGAAUUGUCACAGCUAUAUUGCGUACUAUUGCAUGAUCUCACUUGGUAGUCUGAUCCAGAAUGGAGUUACUUACAGUUGAAUCGUUUCUUCCCCAUAUAACCGGACUAGCCAAUAAAGAUACUUUGUCACCGGGUGAAGCAUCACGCCUUCUGUUAUUAAUUACUGAAUUAUUACUAGAUCAUUUUGUUGAUUUGCAAUUGUUAAAGUUUUUGUCCAGAUUUUUAACCCCACAGAUCUAUGACGAAAUCAUUGAAGAACGUAAUAUCGAGCACCAAUGUGGGUACAUCACUUGCAAUAAGUCUCCCAAGCAGAAUGUCCGCCGCCUGUCUGUGAUAAGCAAUGGAUCGGCUUCGACACUGCCGGCAUUUGCGUCUCCAGGCGCUUCAGCAACAUCAACGACUAAAUAUCAGAUAUAUAAUAGGAAACCAUCGAUGAUUUUACCCAAUACAUAUCUCUCCCAAUAUUGCUGCAAAGAACAUUACCAAGCUUCACUUUUUUACAGAAACCAGUUAAGUCUGGAAGCAGUUUUUGCUCGAAAAGAUAUAAUGGUAGCACCUCCAUUUCCUGCUAUCAGAUCUUGGUACGAGAAUACUAUCACCUGCCUUGAAGAAGUUCUUGCUAAACAUCGGGAAUUGAAGGAACAAGGAAAGACUCUUGGAGAAGUAAUCACAAUGAUGAACGGUCUUUCAGUUUCUGAAGAUGAUAAGGAUACCAGUGAACUUAUUAAAUUGAUUGAAGAUUUCGAAAUUGUUGAGAAAGAGGGUGGAGUUCACGGUGAUGAUCUUGAUUCCGAAGACGAAACAGAUACCAACGCAGUGGAAGGUUAUGUAACAACCAAUAAAAGCUUCGGUGGUUAUGUCGUCUAGUCCUGAAGUUCUUAUGAUUAAAAUGAAAAAUUGCCUCAUAUAUUUGCUAUUUUUAUUUGAUUAGACUCUUUGCUACGCUUUAACGAUUUUGUUGACUUCUGCUUUUUCUUCCUAUGUGCAUUAAGUUUGUUUAUUCAUGGCUUGUGUUUUCAUAUAUGACUCAAUUCUGUCAAAUUUCUUGAUGUUUUAAUUUUAAC